CCUCCCGCUCCUACAGUCCCAGGUUCCUAGCCCCCAGGUCAGCCCCAUUCGACCAUUCGAGCCCUAGCCACAGAAACUCAAAGAAGAAGAAGUGGGGAAGUGGGAACCAGUCGGCGGCCGCACGAGAGACAAGAGAGUGAGUUGGAAGGAGUUCUUCCUCAGUUCGUUCUGGGCUUCAGGAUCUUCCCUCUCUUCCAGCUCAGGCUGUCUGCGAUUUGACGAUUAGCUGGUGUCCCCACUACCGUCGGGUUCGGGUUGACUAUUUUAUUUAUCAUGUUUUAUUAUAUGAUAAUAUAAGCAGGUCGUUACAAUAUUCAUGUGAAUUCUCCUACUUUUAUUUACGUGGUCAAGGAGAACCAAGUAUGACGAAGAGACUUUUCUUAACUAGUCUGGUUCUUCUUUUGUCCACUUCAAACUAUAGAUCUUUCUUGUCAAUAUUUUACUCUUGUUCAUUUUAACUCCCAAGUGCAUAAAUUCUAAAUCAUCAAAGUACAAUUAUGAGAGAUUGGCACGCAUGUGUUGGUGGUUACAAAAUAGAAAAGAGGGACAGUUUCAAGAGUUUAUCUAUUGAAGAAUGGUUAAAAUCAAUAUAAAGAUCUUAUUUGCUUUUUAUGUAAAAAUUUCUCUUAAUUUGUAUGUUUGAGUGUACAAUCCUUGUAUGUAUAAAUAAUUAUCAUCAUCGUAUUUUAACUCAACUUUAUUAGAUGAUCAAAAGUUACACUAUAAUUGUAAACUGAAUGUGUCCCCAAAUGAGUGUCCAUAUUUCAAAUGCUUGGUACUGAAAAAGCACCUAAAAUUUUUGUAAUUAAAUUUAUUAUUUUUGAUAUAAAUGUAAAUAAUUUAAUUUUAUUUGAACGUAACCUUGAAUUGAGUACUAUAAUUAAUAUUUAGGUCGGCACGUGCAUGUGCACGUGCCCUCAUACUAGUAUAUUAUAAAAACAUUUUUAGGGAAGGGGUAAAAAAUAAAGACAUGUUAGGGCUCAAAACGUAGGCGCUACACUGUCUUCCUUUUCCAUUCGAGUAGAGACCCUCUCCUCCACCCACUCGUCUCUCUCCGGUGAGCUACUCGAACGGGACGAUUUGCAGUGCCUUCGGACAUUCUCUUCCCUCUCUCUCUCCGAGAAUUUCUCGGCUUCGAGCCUCUCUCUCGCUCGUUUCAAGUCUUCUAACCAAGUGAGGACAUUCAGCCGUCACCUCCUCAACCGAAAGUAAGAGACUCAGGUUUUCCCGUGUUUUGGAGAUUGGAAAUGAAAAUGCGAGUUGUUGGGUAGUAUUGAAGUUGAAUAUGGCAAUCAGAAUAAUACAUUUUUAUUACCACGAGGAGAAUGCCCAAGGUGAAGACUAAUCGUGUCAAAUAUCCUGAGGGAUGGGAACUAAUUGAGCCUACUCUCCGUGAACUACAAGCAAAGAUGAGAGAAGCUGAGAAUGAUCCACAUGAUGGUAAGAGAAAAUGUGAGACACUGUGGCCUAUUUUUAAGAUAGCACAUCAAAAGAGCCGCUACAUUUUUGACCUUUACCACCGGAGGAAGGAAAUAUCAAAGGAAUUGUACGAGUUCUGUUUGGAUCAAGGCUAUGCUGAUCGUAAUCUAAUUGCUAAGUGGAAGAAGUCAGGUUAUGAGCGCCUUUGUUGCCUAAGGUGCAUACAGCCACGGGAUCACAACUUCGCUACUACAUGUGUGUGUCGGGUUCCCAAGCACCUGAGGGAGGAGAAGGUUAUAGAAUGUGUACAUUGCGGUUGCAGGGGCUGUGCUAGUGGAGAUUGAUUGGGUUGUCACCAUGCCUUUGAAAAUGGAUGCUGGGACUGGUUCUUAGCCUUUUGAACUUGUUUGUGAUGCCAUAUAAUUGAUGUUUGGCGAUUUCUAUAAACCAAAGCUCUUGACAGAGUCGGCUGCUUUUGCAAGUUGUCCUUUUGUGAAAGUUGUAAUUAUUAAUGCGACAGGCUGAACUGUGCUUUCAAGAUUCGGACUCAUUGUUUGAUGUUCACAUUGAACCAA